GCAGUGGCAAAUGCGGUGAAUGCCGCGUUAAAUCGCUUAGGGAAGGAGAAAAUCGAUGAUAAUGGCGAUCUUUCCGGACAGAACUGUACACUGGACAAGGAGAAAGAAAAGAAAUAUAUAUGGGCUCAUGCUGGAAUUUCGAGCCUUGGACAUCGAAAUAGUCUAUUUCACUCGCAGUCCGGUAAAAUAUCUGUAUGUUUCAUUGCGGCUACACAUGAAAAAGGUAUAAUACAACUAAAGGCAAAAUGUAUAAUUGAUCAUGAAAGGAGGGCCAACGCCAAAAGAAUCCCAAUGCACAACAUUACGGAAGAAGCUGCAAACGUUUGGACCAAACCAUCAGCCAAAAUCACCGAUCUGAUCGAGCAAUUCAAGAACGAGUCGACUUUUUAUGCAAAAAAAGUGGAGAAUUUUUACAAAAACUUCAAUUGUGGUGAAGAUGAAGCAUUCAAAAGUAGACAAAUGUUGAAGACUGCGAGAAUUUACAGCGAAAUGCAUCCCGAAUCUAAUUAUCCUCAUGUCCACAAGUACGAAGAGAUCCAUAAAAAUUAUUUUUUGGUGCAUACAUAG